CACAGCAGAGAACUGCCAACUUUCCUCAAUAUACCUCUGCUGGUCAUUAACCAAGUGUUGUAAAAAAUGGAGCAUUUGGAUCUACUAAGAGCGAGAAAAGUCUGUCGCAGUUUGAGAAGUGCUGUCGAUAAAUUUGGAUUACGUUUUGAUUGCAUCGAUUUGUACUUGAGGAAAGAUGAAGUCGAAAUGAAUUUGAGUGGAACUACAAGCAGAUAUAUUACUGCUGCAAAUGGUAAUUCGAAUGUGAUCCACAAUGAACAGGAAAAAUUAAUUGAUAGAGAAGACUUUGCGGAUAGAGCGCUCAAGGAUUUGAAGAUAGUAUCGAAGCACGCACGGAACAUUACAAUUUGGAACAACACGGAUGAUAGAUGCGACAUUGUUACAACUUUCAUUAAGAUUUUCAAAGCCGAAAAAUGUAUUCACGUAAAAGAAAUAGAACUUUGGAAUUUCGGUUUUGAUGAAGUCCUUACGAUUCUUUCAUGGUUAGAUGCUAAAAUGCUCAAAAAGAUUGAAUUGGUUUUCAUUGUGUCAAUUGACCAAUUCGAACGAAUAACCCUUUUGGAGCAAUGGGGAAAUGCAGAAGAAUUUAUACUUUGGGAUUCUAAGAUUGCCAGUGCAAUGAUUGUUCAUUUUUUUCAUUUCAAAUGUUUCACUAUUGACCACACUGACGAGUUUCCAGCUCUGUCUGUGUACAAGAUAUAG